UCUCGAGCCUCAUCAGCCACCGGCUCGUGAAGAGAAAGUCCAGCAUGACGGCGCGAGAGGACAGCGAGGACAGACCGAAGGUCAGGAUGCUCACGCCAGGAUUCGGAAUCGAUAAAUCACGACUGCACGGCUCCGGUUUCCGGUCAAAGGGCUUUGCGAUCACGGACCUGUUGGGGCUCGAGACGGACAUCCAGUCCUCUCGCCCGUCUGCCCCGGGAUUAGGUGGGAGCGGCGAGGUGCAGAGCGCGGGCCUCGGGGGAUACCCGUUCCCUGGGGGCUCGCUGCCCCUCGGAUUGGGCUUUCUGUGCAGCCUGGCGGCCCAGCAGCCCACGGGAGCCCCCUGCUUCAUGCCCGGCCACCUGCCCCUGCUGCAGGCCCGAUCGGAGAGCCACUACCUGCAAAGCCUCCAGGAGCAGCAGCGGGACCCCUACUCCGACGAGGAGGGUAUGUCCGACCGCAACGACCCCAAGAGCUCCGGGACCGGGUCCCAGAAGAGGAAGAAACGGAGACACCGGACCGUGUUCACGUCGCACCAGCUCGAAGAGCUCGAGAAGGCCUUCCACGAGGCGCACUACCCCGACGUGUACGCGCGCGAAAUGCUUGCGAUGAAGACGGAGCUCCCGGAGGACCGGAUCCAGGUGUGGUUCCAGAACCGACGCGCCAAGUGGCGGAAGCGGGAGAAAUGCUGGGGCCGCAGCAGCGUGAUGGCGGAGUACGGGCUGUACGGCGCCAUGGUGCGGCACUCAAUCCCGCUGCCUCAGUCCAUCAUCAACUCUGCCAAGAGCGGCCUGAUGGGGUCGUGUGCUCCCUGGCUCCUAGGUGAGCAACCUGCAGGAAUGCACAAGAAGUCUCUGGAGGUCCCGAAGGACGCCCCGGGGAGCCCCGACUCCUCCCGCGCGGAGUCCCCGGUGGAGGAGCACCACAAGGCGAAGGAGGAGGGCCGGGAAAGCCCGGUGUGGAGCGGCCGGGCCUCGCAGGCCGAGGACAGCGACGACAUGGCCAUGGACCUGUCCAGCACCUCCAAGCACGACAGCAGCAGCACCAGCACCAAGAGCACUUUGAGGCCGGCCUCCCCGGCCCCCCCUCGGACCCCCCGCAGCGACUCCGACCACGACUGACCGGAACCACCGGGACCAACUUCCGCCCAUUGCACACAGAGCAACCCUCUGAAGACUAUUCUAUUAUUUAUAUAUUAUUUUUUAUUUUAAGGACUUACGAGACGAAGUUCGCGUAUCCAUCAUGUAAUUACCGCAAUAUUGUUCACUGUAUUUAUGUAUUUAAAUGAUGUUUUAUAUGCUUGGUGUUUAAAGAAGAGAUCCUGUGAUGUUGCUAUACUCUGUAAUAAUCCACCAGAUAUCGAAGCUAUUGCCACUCUGUGACUCCGGGGCUGAUAGGGCAAAAUAUAUGCAACUCAAAAGAGCAAAUAUGUUGUUAAUGAAUGUAUUUCAUGUAAUAUUCAUGUUUUUUAUGAUGUAUCUAGCAAUAACGAUCCAUUUGGUAAAUAAAGGAACGUAUUUUUGGAAUCGGC